AUGUUUCCUGGUGAAAAAGUUAACCACAAUGCCAUAUGCUCUAAUUGUUCCAAAGACUGUGGCAAUUCCAAUCAUGAGUGGUUACACAAGAAGGAACUGACCUUCUGCUCAGAGACAAAGACAUGGUGGUUGGCAUUCGUUGAGGGGAAAGGCAUGUUUUGUUUACUGUGUAAAAAACAUGAUUGUCAGAAUCCAGAAAACAAGUCUGCUGUGUUUAACAAAACCCCAGCAACCCGGUAGAGGCCUGCCACAUUAAAGGAACAUGUUGGCACACCCUUAUCCUCUCACAGUCACCCUGGAAAGAGAAAGCAACAACACCAAGACGCAAUUUACAGGGAGAUGCUGCAAAGAACCUCAUUGUUUCAAAUGCAACUAGAUGAAGAAAGGUUUUAUGGUGAUGAAGGGCUGGUAAAGGCAUUUACCACCUUCUACUUCGUAGCAAACGAGUAGAUGGCAAACAGCAAAGUAUUGCCACUUCUUAAACUCCUAGAAGUCUUGGGGGCAAGAGAGAUUCGAACUUUUGGACAUAGAUCCAAAGGGUCUCUCCAUGAAAUUUUUUGCACUAUUAGAGAGACAGUCCUUGACCAAAUAAAUGACCACAUAUCAGACUCUGGCAGCGUUGGAUUAUUAUGCGAUGAUGUUACAGAUGUAGCAACUCUUGAGCAAAUGUUGACAUUUGUUCAGUAUGUUCACAGCAGGAAAGUCAGUGUCAGAUUUCUUACCAUUGACAAUCUUCUGGCCAAAUCAACAAGUGCAACAGCUGGGCAUUGA